CACUUUUCCUGACUUUCAACCGUGGGCACCUGCCUCUUGGUCUGUGUAUAGGUUCCUCAAGAGCACAAUUAAGUGUUCUGGAAUUCCCAUUCUUUGCAGUGUUAUCCAAUAACAAUGUAAUCCACACUCCACUGCCUUAAAAAUGUGACAAAGUCCGUUUACUCUUCUUGUUUUGGCAUGAUGAGUGUGCACUGGUAAUAAAAGAUGAAAAGUUGCAGUACGGCAGUACAUGUGGCACUCGAACCACUGCUAUUACUGUGAAGAGUGACUUGCAACCACUCAGCUCCACCAGAGUGCAAAAGCAGCCGUAGAUGAGCCGAUGAGCAAUGCACAAUGAGAUUGGAAUCUCAUACCAUUUUAACAUGUCAUGAGAUUGUGUUUGACAAGUUUUUUUCUAACUGUUUUAAGAAUAUGAACCAUUCUUAGGUCACAGGUUUGACAUGGACAGGAGGCGGGUUGGAUUUGGCUUGCAGGCUGUAGUUAGCUGACCCCUGGUGUGAGGGUUUGUGUAGUCACUAUAUGAGAUGCUUACGACAUGCCUGACUCAGUGUUUGUUGUGACUUGGCCUUUUUUUCAUGGUGCUUGUUUUCUGUGGGCAUUUGGUGGCUCCUGGUUAUGCUUGAGGACCCCACCAUCUGUGGGUGUUGUUUUACUACUUGUCUGCAUUUCUGUGGGCAGAGGGGUGGCUGUCAGCAGGGGUGUGUCUCCAGUGUGUUUCCUGGCCCAGAGGUGCUGGCCUUCUUCCCUUGUGAGUAUCCAGCUGUGCGCAGACUCCUAGUAUUGCCAGCACACGUGCAGGUAUGGGGACGGGCUGUACCCUGGGCUGUUCCACAUUCAGGACCCUGACUCACUGCUGUCAUUGUCUAGCCCCUUCCGGCUCUUUCCCAUCGCCCACUUUUGCACAAGUCCUCCCCCGUGUGUGUCUUAGGCUGUGGUUUCCCCUGUCAAACCAAUCAAACCUCAGUCACCUACCCUCUUUCAGGGAUUCCUUAUGGUUGACACUGCAUUUUGUUUUCUUCACUGUUGUGAUUUAUUCCUUUUAUUUCAGAUACGUUUUUCACGUAUACUUUUGGUUAUUUCUUAUAGUUUUAUGUCUUUGUUGCAAUUCCCUGUCUAUUCAUGAUGAGCAUAUUUUCCUUCAUAUCUGUGCGCGUAGUUAGAGUAUCUGCUUUAAAACCUUUGCUGUUUCCAACAACUGGACCUUGGGGUCAGCCUCCACUAAUUGUUUUUCCUCUUCACGGUGGAUCACGUAGUUCUGUUUCUUCACGUGUGUAAUGAUCUUGGAUUUAUCUAGGAAGUUGUGAAUAAUAUACACUGUAGAGUAUUGAUUCGGUUAUGUUCCUCUGGAGAGUAUUGAUUUUUUUUGUUUUAGCGGGCUCCAAACUCUGUGCUGCCAAGUUGAAUGGCGGCGGAAACCAGUUUGGGUUGUUGAGCCUUAGCUGGGCUGCUUGCAGUUAGCCUGCACUUGUGUGGUUCAGAGUCAGCCAGAGAUGGAGGUAGAGUUUUGCUGUAAGAUUGGGGCUUUCCUCUCUGGCUCUUUAUUUCCAGAGUUUCCUUCCUCACUGUCUAGCCUUUGAGGUCUCCACUUCUGGGCUCACGAUGUGGGUCGUGUCCUCUGCUGGUCUUAGGUUAGCGAGUUCCUUUCCUUCAGCGAGGUGUGAGGGGCCCUGAUGGAAGGAAGCUAGUUGUGACUCCAGUGAGUAGAAAAGUAUGUUCUUGUGACAGCUGAGAUGGGGCCGCGCUGGCUACAAUUUGAAGAUUAGAAAACCAGGAUGCGUCCCUGGUCAUGGCUUCGGUGUUUCAUGGGCUUGAGCUUUUGAUUCCAUCCCUUUCCACGUGUCCUGGAAUUCUCAGAUUCCAGAGAGCUGUAGAUCUGGGGUAUCCAAACCUUGCCCAGUAUGUUGGGAUGCACAGUACAGGCACACACAUUCGUAUACCCAUAAAAACAUAAUGCCCUCAUCCGUGCACACACAAACAUGCACGCAUGUACGCGUGCACACACACACAGGCACACACAUGCAAACAUAUUUCUACACACAUCAUGCAUGUAUACCCACAUGUGCACAUGUCUCCAACUUCCUGGUACGCUUACACACGCACACAGAUACACUCACACACACUGAAAUGUGACCUUAUUUAGUACCACGAAGAGCAUAAGCCAAUAGCUAUCUGAAAAGGUGCUUAUCUUCAUCAAUCAUCAAGGAAGUGCAGAUUAAAACAGCACUGAAGCGCCUUCACCCGGCAGAUCGGCAGCGAUUGACAAGGCUGCGGCGGGUUCUGUUGGUUGCAGACCUUCUUACGCUGUGGCCGGGGUUAGCAGUGGGACAUCUUUGGAGGGUACUUCGGCAGUAUGGAUUGAUGUCUUAAACAAGUUUUAAACCUGCUAACCCUUGGAGCACACGAUCCACCUCUAGCCGUUUUUCCUGUGGAAGUUCUCUUGGUGAUGAAAGAUUUGUGCCCAGAAUUGCUCACUCCCUUCCUGUAAAAUAGCAGACAGUCCAUCAGCGGGGGGUGAUCAGUCCUGCUGCAGAGCCGCUGACAGCGGGUGCUGGCCUGGAAAGACUCCCUCAGGUUGCCUUACCUGGGGGAAGGAGAGCUUGCCCCUAGAAGGACGAGGCUAGCGGCUCUGCGCCUGGCCAGGCCUGCACCUGCUGGGCUACCUCAGGGCCGCGUCUGCUGGGAGGAGCAGCCCAUCUGGCCCUAGCUCCCUGGUACGUGUGUGUGUGGUGGUGGCUGGCGGCGGCUUGUGGUUUCCAUGUGGGCGGCAUGUCCGCCUCUGAGCAGGCUCACGUCAUUGCUGCUGCACUUGUCUCCAAGCCAGCGAGGGGCUUUGCUGCUCGCCAGGACGGCCGUACUGCACACCUCCAGCUCCGGGGGCACGAUGGGAUGGGGCAGGUGCUUCCAGGGAGGCUGGACCUCAGAGGGCGAGGCCCUGAUUCAGGAAGUGGGCGCCUGGCUCCUGGUCUGCACCUGCGUCUGCUGGGGAGCCUUUCUCCCAGUGGGAGGAGGAGGGGAUGGUCCCUUAGGGUGUCAGUUGCCAGCCCCACGCCUGUCAGUCACUGUCCCAGGGCCAGGACUAGGAACUGUCUCGUGCCUCAACAACAACAUCCUCCGGAUCGACUGCUACUUGUCAGCCCCAGCACUGGACCCGGGCACUGACCCCUGGCUGCUCCUCACCAGCGCCUGCUCUGUGGAGCUGCCACCCGAGGAGGUGCUGGUGCCCAGUGACAGCUUCACCAUCACACUGCACCGCUUCAUUGCUGGGCAGGAGCAGGUCAGCCUGGUGGACCCGCAGUACCUGCCCCGGAGACAUGUCAAGCUGGACCCCCCCUCUGCCUUGCAGAGCAACGUCAGCUCUGACUACUGCAUCCUGACCUGGAGCAUCAGCCCUGCCUUGGAGCCCAUGGCCGGGUUCCUUGCCUAUGAGCUGGCCUUCAAGAGGCAGGAGGAGGCCUGGGAGCAGGCCCGGCACAAGGACCGCAUUAUCGGGGUGACCCGGCUCACCCUGGAAGCCAUGGAGUUGGACCCCGGCUCAACCUACGAGGCCAGGCUGCGUGUAAAGAUGGCGCAGGAGGAUGAUGUGACCAAGGAGGAACACUACGAGGGCCCGUGGAGCGAGUGGAGCCCGUCCGUGCGCUUCCCCGCUCCCCGGAGACCAGACCCCCUGACCCCGCCUUGGGGGCGGCCAGACAGCACCCUCGUUGCUGUAUCCGUCUUUCUCCUGCUGACCGGCCUGACCUACCUCCUGUUCAAGCUGUCGCCCAGGGUGAAGAGGGCCUUCCACCAGCACGUGCCCUCUCCAGCUGCGUUCUUCCAGCCCCUCUACGAGGUGCACCAUGGGAAUUUCCAGACCUGGAUGGGGGCUCACCGAAUGGGCCUGCAGCUGAGCCAAGAGGGCGUCGGCACCCAACUGGGAGGCUCAGGGCCCAGCUGCCGAGAGGCUGUGGCUCUGCUCACCUGCAGCCCGGUGUGGUCCUGGCCGCCUGCCCACUUGGAGGAAGAGGAGGACCUGUCUGCCCUGGGCUCAGAGGAUGUGCUGCCAGCAGGGGGCCUGGAGUUGGGGGGGCAGCUGCCUGCCUACCUGCCACAGGAGGACUGGGCUCUUGUGCCCCCCAUCAGGCCAGUCCCCCCAGACUCAGAGAGCUGCAGCAGCGACUACUGUGCCCUGGGCUACUACGGGGGGUGCCACCCCUUGGCCCCCCCAGGAAACAUGCAGAGCCUUGUGCCCACCCCCGCCUUAGCCUCUGGCCUUUCUUGGGACCCGGAGGACCCAGACCCCCAGCAUGGGGGCUCUUAUGUGGGAGUUGGUCACAGUCAGAACCAGGACCCCUGUGAAAGGGCUGCAUGAGCACCUCCUGCCCUCAGCAGACGGUGGGCCUGGCCCUCGCCUUAGGGGCACCUGGACUCCCAUCUAGACAGAAACAGCUCCUCACACCCCUCCUCUCACACCUGUAGAAGGGACCUCUGCAGCUCUUGCAAAUGCCUGGUGUCCCCUCAUCCAUUUUGACUGUGGUCCCACAGCCUGUCAUGCCCCCACCCCUUGAAGGGUCAGUGAUUGUAGGUGAGAUGUCCUGACCAGGUGAUGCCUCAUCUCUUGAGCCUUCUUGAGAUUAAAGGACAUGGUGGCUGCCCCAGAUUGCCGAUGGCUGGAGGGAGGGGGCCUGCAAGAGGUGUGCAGUUGAAGGGGUCCCGAAAGGCAUACAGGAUGGAGGGGUCCUAGAGGGGGUACGUGGGGAGGGGGCUCAGAGGAGGUGUGCGGGGGUGAGGUCUUUGGGCCCCAGGGAACAGCAGGGCAGAUGCUCAGUGACUGGUUUCAGGAGGACCCCCUCUGACACCUCCUUGUCCUCAUCCCUCCCUGGCCCCACAAGGCUGAGUCAUGGCCAGAGUGCCUAGGCCCAGCAGCAGGUAGAGAGAGGUGGAUGGGGCAGUGGGGGCCCAGCCUCUGGAGGCACGUGGUCCCUCCCCAGCAGACAGGCAGAAGAGCUCUUCACUGGUUGUUGCAGUGGAUUGCGGGCAGCUCAGGAGGGCCUGGCUGCUGGGCUGUGGGCUGGUGUCUGGUCAUCCUCCCAGUGAGGUGCUAGGGAUGGGAGAGCCGAAGGUUUGAAGUCAAAUGGGACUGAUGUCCAUCUCCCCCGAGCUCUCCCGGGUGCUCCCAUGUCCCUGUGGCCCUGCAGAGAGGAGCACUUGGCAGCCCCUUCUUCCUGGGGGGCAGCGUGCCUGUGCCUGUGUAGCCCUUCGGUUUAGUAGGGUGGGCCAGUCCCCCAGAAGGUAUCUGUAGCAUCCAGAGGCAGCGAGGGGUGUGGGCGGAAGUGAGGUGCAGGCUUCCUCUGCUCUGACCGAAUCUGAAAGUCCUAUCGAAAAUCCACUUCCUGGAGCCCACGGGGACUCCCCAGGCUGGUGUAUUUAGAACAGCACCUCUGUGGCUACCUGCACAUCAGACAUGUGAUGGCCACAGCGGGGACGCAUCUCUCGUGUGGUGGGGACGCACAUUCAUCUGACCACAAACGCCCCGCUGAGUGCCCCCUGGAGUGCAGCCGCCUGGAGCCCUAGGCCCCCACUUGGAGAGGGUGUGUGGAGGCUGGGCCCUUGGCACCCUGAGCCUCACCCCUCAACUGCUCAAGGGUGGUGGUACUUCGCAGGGUUCGCUGUGAGAGUCACCUGAGCAGGUGGCACUCAGAAAACCCUAGAUUAGACCCUGAUUGAGCCGGGGCGACCCUCGGAAGCCUUUGCAGAGACAGGAUUACAGCAGAACAAGGUUCAAGGGACCUCUAAGCUCCAUGAGUUCCCUGAGAGGCGGGGCCUGGGACCAGGGUUAUGAAAUGGCUCUUGGUUGAGGAACGAAGACUGGCUGUGUGUCCAGACUGGCUUGACUGUGGAGGGCCUUGAACGCCAGGCUGAGGGAAGAGGACUCACUGCUGAGGGCGUGCUAGGGCCGGGUUCGUCUUGUUUUUCCUCCUUUUUUUUUCUUGGUUGAGGUAAAAGUCACAUAACUGACAGUUUGAAGAGUACAAGGCAGUGGCAUUUUAGUACAUUCAUGGUGUUGUGCAACCUCCACCUCCCUCUACCUCCAGAACCUUAUAUUCACCUCCGGAAGGAAAUCCUGUAACUCCUCAUUUCUCCCUGUCCCGAGCUCCUGGCAACCCCUAAUGUCUUUUUUGCCUCUAUGGAUGCAUCUAUUCUGGACAUUUUAUAUAAAUGGAGUCAUAUAAUACGUGGUCUUUUAUAUCUGCCUUUGCUCACUUAGCAUAAUGUUUUCGAAGUUCGUUCGUGUCGUAGGAUCUCUCGGAACUUCAUUUCUCUUUACGGCUGAAUAACAUUCCAUUGUAUGGAUAGACUGCAAUUGGUUUACCUGCUCAGCAGGUGUCAGAUUUGGGGUCUGGUUCAGCUUAAUGGUUAGGUCUCAGGGUUCAUGUUGAGUUUGGGGUUUGGGUUUGCUUCGGGUUUGGGAUAGAGUUAGGUUUUUGACUCAGAUUUGAGUUCGGGUUCAGGGUUUGGGUUCAGGCUUGGAUUUGGGUUAGGAUUAGAGUCGGCGUCAGCCUUGAUUACUGCACCGAACUGUUGAGCCAGGCUCUGAGAUUGCCAAGAAAGACACAACUUACAGAGAGCAAGUUCAGCUUCAGUAGUGGGCAUUGGUCCCGCAUGGCCAACAGGUCAUUCCCACAGCUGACGCGUGGCUGGUGGUCUGCAUGCACCCCUCUUUUGUGCUGCAGUUGAAGGACUUGUGCCCUGCUUGCUGGGAACAGGCAGAGAAAUGAGGUUGGUCAGGUCCCAUAUAACUCACACACUUAACAGUAAGCAGAACAAGGAAAGUUUACUGUGUACCCAAAACAGUGAGGGAAUUUCCCCAAUAAGGAAGAAGAAGAAAC